AUGGGCACUAGAGGCCCCCGGCGGGGCCCUGGCCCCCCAGACGGCGGCUGGGGCUGGGCCGUGCUGGGCGCCUGCUUCGUGGUCACCGGUUUCGCCUAUGGCUUCCCCAAGGCCGUGAGCGUCUUCUUCCGGGCGCUUAUGCGCGACUUCGGCGCGGGCUACAGCGACACGGCCUGGGUAUCCUCCAUCAUGCUCGCCAUGCUCUACGGGACAGGCCCGGUGUCCAGCAUCCUCGUGACCCGCUUUGGCUGUCGCCCGGUGAUGCUGGUGGGUGGACUGUUGGCCUCGGCCGGCAUGGUCCUAGCAUCCUUUGCCACGCGCCUCCUGGAGCUAUACCUGACAGCUGGGGUGCUCACAGGCCUGGGCCUGGCCCUCAACUUCCAGCCGUCGCUCAUCAUGCUGGGGUUGUAUUUCGAGCGGCGGCGGCCUCUGGCCAACGGGCUGGCGGCGGCCGGCAGCCCCGUGUUCCUGUCGGCGCUGUCGCCGCUCGGCCAGCAGCUGCUCGAGCACUUCGGCUGGCGCGGCGGCUUCCUGCUGCUCGGCGGCCUCCUGCUGCAUUGCUGCGCGUGCGGCGCCGUCAUGCGGCCGCCACCCGGGCCGCGGCCGCGCAGGAACAGCGCGGGCGACGCUCCCGGGGAGGCGGCGGCGGACAGUGCGGGACUGCGCUUGCGCGAGGCGCCCUCUGGUGGCCGGACCCGCCGGCGCCUGCUGGACGUGACCGUGUGCACCGACCGCGCCUUCGCGGUGUACGCCGUCACCAAGUUCCUGAUGGCGCUCGGGCUCUUCGUGCCCGCCAUCCUGUUGGUGAACUACGCCAAGGACGCGGGCGUGCCUGACUCCGAGGCUGCCUUCCUGCUCUCCAUCGUGGGCUUCGUAGACAUCGUGGCGCGGCCGGCGUGCGGCGCCCUGGCCGGCCUGGCGCGCCUGCGGCCGCAUGUCGCCUACCUCUUCAGCCUGGCCCUGAUGGCCAACGGGCUCACGGACCUGAGCAGCGCGCGCGCGCGCACCUACGGCGCCCUUGUCUCCUUCUGCGUCGCCUUCGGCCUCUCCUACGGCAUGGUGGGCGCCCUGCAGUUCGAGGUGCUCAUGGCGGCUGUGGGUGCGGCCCGAUUCCCCAGUGCGCUGGGCCUAGUGCUACUCCUCGAGGCUGUGGCUGUGCUCAUCGGACCGCCCUCUGCCGGCCGCCUGGUGGACGCGCUGAAGAACUACGAGAUCAUCUUCUACCUGGCAGGCUCUGAGGUGGCCCUGGCCGGGGUCUUCAUGGCUGUCGCCACCAAGUGUUGCCUGCGCCGCUCUCAGGACGCCACGCCCAGCCCAGGCACCAAGGGCGGGGCCAGCGACACGGAGGAUGCUGAGGCCGAAGUGGACUCUGAGCCCCUGCCUACCAGCGCCGAGGAGCCCGGUGGCCUCGAAGCCCUGGCGGUGCCGAGCCCAGGGACUGGGCCCUCGGAACCCGAGAUGGAGGCAGAGCCGGGGCUAGACUCCGAGUCUGUGUAGCGCGGGGGCACUAGGUGGGGUGGCCAGGGACUUCAGGAAUGGGGCUUCCCCUCUCAGAGCCCCGGCUGUCCCCACAGGGCCUGGCACAUGGGAGGCUGCUCCGGUGGUCAC